CUUGUUUCAAGAACCAGUCGUCUUUUGAGGUGCUCCGUGCUGUGAGCUUUAACUACUAAUUAAAUUAACAGGUUGGUGAAAUACAGGCACCGUAUUAAACAAGAUGUCUAAGGCGUCAAAGAUGGAAAAUGCUGCGGCAGAUACGGAAAAUGCUGCAGCAGAUAUGGAAAUUGCUGCGGCAGAUACGAAAGAUGCUGCGGCAGAUAGGGAAAAUGCUGCGGCAGUUACUCGUUCCCAAAACCGAAACACUGCAUCCGACGACGCGGCCGUACCAGAUGACAACAAUGCUGAUGAUCAUGAAGAGAUCUUGCUGCCAGCGACCGAGCUACUGGCACUACUGAACAUCAUCGAAGAAGCGUCAGGAGAUAACGAGUUGGUGUUCAACUUGUGGGAACCGGUGGUCGACGAAAUUGAUGUUGCAGAUAUAACAGGACAAGUUGUACCAAAAUUGCGAAACGUCGGAUAAACAAAACUUUUACCAAUAUUUAUUUAGGCUAAGUGCGUACGUCCUUUUAAACCAGAGGUAUCCAAACUUUUUAUUACUCCAGACCGUUUUCAAACUCUUAAAGUUUCGCCCAUAUUCCCAAAACCAAAAACACAAACCAACAUCUGGUCAAAAAAUGUAAAGAUUACAUCUGACGAUUGAAACUCGCGUCGCGGCUGAGUUGAUUCGCGCAAACAUGGCAUCUUCUUUUUUUAAAGACGUAGUAGGUACGACUAUUUUUGAUAAAAUGACGUCCUAUAAAUUGAUCGACUCGAAUUUUGCUCUCUUAUUUUUUUAGUUUAUUUAUUAUCUUUUUAUAUUGAUAAGUAAAGCCACGCCAAAACUUUUGCUUAUUUCUAUUUUAAUUGACCCCAUUUUACAACUUGUGUUUCCGAAUAGCUUGGCCCCACCUCUGGAGGUCCACUUGGACUACUUUGGGACUUACUAGUUUAAACGGACGCACGAACAUCAAACUUUUUUGUGUUUGGUACCGUUUUACCAUCAAAUUUAAAACAUGUUGUAUUCAUUUAUUAUGCUUUUAUCUACAUGUGAAGGUAGCACAAUUGUUUAACUUCCAUGUUUGUGUUGUUUAAUAAUCCCUAACUUACAGCACGGUUUUAUGUGAACAACCAAAACACUCAUUUUAGACUUGAGUGAAAAACGU